AUGGCGCCUCCCAGCGUGUUAAUGGUAGGCACGGGCGAGUACACCACCGGCUACGUUGGCGGUGGCGCCUCGGGCUCCGACAAGAAGGUCGGCGUGGUGGGGUUGACGCUGUUCGACCUGCGCCGUCGCGGCAAAGUCGGCGACCUGAGCAUGGUAGGCGUCUCUGGACGCAAAUUCCCAGGCAUCCGCGCACACCUGCAAAAGAACAUCUCAGAGGUCUACAACAACCUCGACACGAGCUUCACGUCCUACCCCGCGGACGACCAGACAGACCCGGACGCCUACAAAACCGCCAUCGACGCCCUCCCCGCCGGCUCAGCCAUCACCAUCUUCACGCCGGACCCGACGCACUUCCCGAUCGCGCUGUACGCGAUCCAGCGCGGCAUCCACGUCAUGAUCACCAAGCCCGCGACACAGCGGCUGGCCGACCACCUCACGCUCAUCGCCGAGGCGCGCAAGCACGGCGUCUUCGUCUUCGUCGAGCACCACAAGCGCUUCGACCCGGCCUACUCUGACGCCCGCGCCAAGGCCCGCACCCUCGGUGACUUCAACUACUUCUACAGCUACAUGAGCCAGCCCAAGUCCCAGCUCGAGACCUUCAAGGCCUGGGCCGGCCGCGACUCCGACAUCUCCUACUACCUCAACUCCCACCACAUCGACAUCAACGAGAGCAUGGUCCCCGACUAUGUGCCGGUCAAGGUCACCGCGUCCGCUAGUAAAGGCACCGCCGUGGAUCUGGGGUGUGUGCCCGAGACGGAGGAUACCAUCACGCUGCUUGUUGAGUGGCGCAAGAAGGAUAACCCCGCGAAGGUCGCCACGGGCGUCUACACGGCCAGCUGGACGGCUCCGCAAAAGGCCGGCGUGCAUUCCAACCAGUACUUCCACUAUAUGGGCUCCAAGGGCGAAGUUCGCGUCAACCAGGCCAAGCGUGGCUACGACGUCACCGAGGACGAGCAAGGCCUGAUCUGGGUGAACCCAUUCUACAUGCGCUACGCCCCCGACGACGAAGGCAACUUCGGCGGCCAGACCGGCUACGGCUACGUCAGCUUCGAGAAGUUCAUCGACGCCGUCACCGCGCUGAACGAGGGCCGCGUCACCCUCGACCAGCUGGAUGCCCGCCCGCUGCCCACGCUGAAGAACACCGUCGCCACCACGGCUAUCCUGCAUGCAGGACGCAUCUCGCUGGACGAGAACCGGUCUGUGGAAAUCGUUUCCGAUGGCGGAAAGUGGGAGCUCAAGUAG